AUGCCGCCGAUGGAGGCAGCCAGCGCUAGCAGCACGGGCGGAAAGCAACCCCCAGAGAACCUCCCUCUGGGGGGCCCCUCGCGCUCGCCUACAGGCGCUGCUGCCGAGCCGCUCACCGAGAACGCACAGACCGCUGCCGCCGCUGCUGCUACAGCAGUGUUACUGGGGUAUGCUCAUGGAAUCACUCCGAAUGCUGCAACGCCUCCCGCGGGAGGGGCCCCCUUCGCCUACUACCCCCCCUCAACCGUUCCCUAUGUUGGGGGCCCCUAUGUGCCCUAUAGCUACAACUGGGGAUUUCCAGGAGCUCCACCCCCCGUCAGCCCCUACUUCUCACUUCCUCCCGCCUCUCCAGGAUCUUGUGCUUUAUUAGACACACCGUGUCUUCCUGCUGCUGCUGCUGCCAGUGCGUGGGGAGCAGAGCAUGUUGCCUCGCUGGUCGCGCACGCUUGGGGAGGGUAUGGUGGGGGAAAGGGUGUCAAAAAAAGUGUGCUCCAAGGCUGCGCAUGCUGCUCUGCUGCAGUUUCUGGAGCUGCAACGCGCGUGAAGAGACAAUUUCUGGAACGAAAGGGCCUCACCAGAGAGGAGAUCGAUGAGGCUUUCGCCCGCGUCGCAGGUGCUCCCCAGCAAGAGGUCCCCCACGCACAGCCUCCAAGCCAAAUGCCUUGGCAGUUGCCUGCAGCUGCCGCUGCAGCUGCUCUGACGCAUGCCAAGUCUCUCGCAAUCACGCCUACGCAGCAGCCGCAAGGCAGCAGCACAUUGAAAACUCUCGGGGCAGAGAGGCCUCAGUCGUACGGCCAAAUGAUUCGGAGGCUGCUGCUUGCUGCAGCAAGACUGCUGCUGCCAGCAGCGAUCCUUGCUGCUGCAGUCACGGCGGCUGUAAUCCUAUGGGAUCAUUUCCGCUGCCGAAGGCGCAAUAGGAAAAACAGCAGCCGAGAAGCCGCUGCUGUUCGUGCAGCGGCUGAAGCGGAGCAAACAAGGGCCACACAGCAGCAGGAGCAGCUGCUGCUGCAGCAACGAGAGCUGUCGCACCAGUUGCAGCAGCAGACGGAGGCGUUAAGUUCGCUUUCACGUGCGCUGCAUUCUCUGCUGCAGCAGCAGCAGCAGCAGGAGCCGCGGAUCGUGCUUGCCUUAGAAGGAGGUUCUGCUGCACAAGAGGAUUUGCAAGAAGGCCGUCUCGCCGAGGAUCAGGAGCAGCAGUCAGGCAGAGCGCUGCUGGACGGGCGUUGUUUUGUGCAGCCCUUCAUUCUUGAAGAGGCUCAGCAGCACCAGCAGCCUUUGGAGGAGAAGGUCAUAGGCGAACAGGCGCUAGCAGGAUGUGCUGACAAAGGCGCAACAGUGCAACUGCUUGAUGCUGAAGAAGGCAGCACGCCGUCGCCACUGCCCUCUCUGUCGCCUACAGCUGUUUUAGCUGCUGCAGAAGCAGCAGCCCAUGCAGCAGCACAUACAGCAGCAGCAGAGAUCAGUCUGGGAGAGGCAGUUGCGAAUUUUGUUGCUGCAUGCGUGGAGCGUCUUGGCCUUGCCGCACGCAAGCCCAUCGGCACUUUGCUGCUGAUGCUGCGAAAUUUGCGAUCUGCCUCGACGGCUGAAGAUCGCUUGCGCUAUGGACGCGUAAACACAACGGCUCCCCGAUUCAAAGAGCGCUUCUCCGAUGUUCGACCGGAAGUCGCCUCCCUCCUAAAGCACAUUGGAUUCUCUGAAGAUGCCAGUGCCGUCUGUACCUUUCAGGGGGAGCUGUCGAAGAUCGCGGACUGCUGCAAAUUGCUAGAAGCCGCAUUUGCGGACGCCUCUGCUGCGCCUUCGAUACCAGAGGCUGCCGCUACGGGGAAGGAUGGCGUUGAAGUCGAGGAAGCCCCCUUUCCGUCCAACUCCGCGGAUGCUACGCUUGUGCAUGCGAGCCCACCAGCGUGUGGGGGGGGCAGCAGUGCGUGGCUUUUGCGAUCGCGGCAUGAGAACCAAACAGAAGCAGAAGCUGUGGCAGUAGGACUGCUGCCAGAGAGAGAUGAUGCACGAGAUGAGCAGCAACGGCGUGGGAGUCACCACGAGGACGUGCAGCAGGUGAGUGCUGCUUCAGCUGUAGCUACAGCCUGGCCUCAGACGGCGGAGCUGCCGUCAACACGAGGGCAUGUGAGGCCUUUUUCUGCGCCUUCGGCGACAGCUUCGGAUCCUUUAGUGCCUCGGGAUUGCGCGAGUGACGGAAGAACUGAAGGGCAAACGGGAGCAGCAGCUGAAACAACACAAGCCGCCUCUCACGGGGAGCAGAACGCUGCCGCCCCCCAUGCACCGAGGAACGGCUCUAACAGCGACAAAGAGGAUGAGACGAGGGGGGGUUCAUCAAUCUCCUCUGGGAACAAGAGUGCUAGCAAGAGUGCUAGCAAGAGUGCUAGCUACCUGCCCCUACCCGUGCAACACCAACCACCUGCAUGCGCCGAAAGGGUGCCAAGUGGCCAGCCUGUAGAGGCAUCUAAUUUAGCUGGUAGCAGAGUGCUCGCAGCCCUUGAAGAACACACCGGCAAAAGAGACGGUAGAGCUGCUGCCACGAGACACCAUGAAGGUGUUGUUGGCGCUAAUGAUGCGUGCUGCAGCGAAAUAGGGGCCCACGGGAGUUGUCGGGAUAGGGGUCUUGAAGACGGAUGCAGAGAAGAUUCAACGAGCGGAGGCACACUGAUUGAUGAGGCGAUCCAAGCAAUUCCAGACGCAUGCACUGAGAGGCAGCGCAAGCGACGGCUAUGCAGAUACAAACUUGCAGGCACAAAGACAGGGCACGAAUGUGCUUGCGAGCGCCUGCCUCAAGGAUGGCUCGACGACGAGUCUUUCCGGCUGUUUUCUGUGAAGCAACGGAAGCAAUUUGCUUGCUACGUUCAAGGAAGAAGCACAGCGUGA